AUGAGAGAGGAUGCCGACUAUGCUGAGGUUCACCAGAAGGACUACGAGUUGACUCUGGAUCCUACGAGGAUAUUGGAUCAGCUCAAUGAUGAUACUCAACUUCGCCUUGAUGAUAAUCGCAUCCGAGACCUUCUCGACGAUCCAAUUGAACUAGAAAUGCAUUCCUUGCCGCCAUCCCCUUCACACCUUGUGGACGCUUCUCAAUUCUUUGCUAUCAUCAUCGGAAUUGAUGCGUAUGGAUCAUAUCCUCUGCGCGGUUGCGUUUCAGAUGCGCUAUUAAUGGAGAAAUACUUGACAGAGGAUCUCGGUGUGCCCGGAAAUCAUAUUCAGCUUCUACUCGGAUCAGGAGAGCAUACCUCCCCCGACGAUCAAAUGAACCCGUCGCGCGCCAACAUCAUCAACGCGCUUACCAGCCUCGCCGCCAACGACGAGGUCAAAUUUGGCGAUAUCAUCAUCAUCUAUUUUGCUGGACACGGUUCUUCCUACCCUCCCUCGGAGGACGGUGUCACAUAUGGAGUCAUCGAGACACUGUGCCCCCUCGAUCGUGACUCCCUCGAUGCCUACGGAAAACCCAUCCCUGACAUUAGUGACCGCGAAUUCAAUACUAUCCUAUCCCGAAUCGCCGAAGCUAAGGGUCACCGAAUCACCGUCAUUCUUGACUGUUGUCACCAUAGUGGUGCCAGCCGAUGUUUACCAGAGGCGGGAUCGCGCACUCUCCCUCCAAUGCUAAGUGUUACGCUUCAAGAUAUGCUCCUUGCCGGAGAGAAUAAUCUGAAAUAUUAUCCCAGCUAUCGCUCCAUUUUAGCGAAGGACUGGUAUCCGGAUACGGAGUCCCACGUUCUCCUGGCGGCGUGUAAAGAUUACCAGUUUGCAAAGGAGAAGAAGGUGAAUAUAGACAACGGCACAAGAUACAAUGGAAUUUUCACAGAUGCGCUUGCGCGUGCUCUCCGGUCCAGCAACUGGAACAAGGAGAUGACGUACACUGAUCUUGUGCGUUAUUUGGGCAAGACAUCUCAACAGACACCUGUCGCUGCUGGAAAACGCAGGGGCGCGCGCAUCUGGUAUCAGGAGUGA